CGAGUUAUUGCGGUGGCUAAUUUGUAUAUCAUGCUGGGUGACUGAAUGUGUUUAUGGUAAACCAUGGUCACUGUAUCUUUCUCUCAGGCUAGUUUUGUUCCAUGCUUUGCAGGUAUUCUGCCUAGGUACUUUAGCUCAGAAUGGUCAGUGGCUCAGUUCCGACUGCAUGAAGGUUUACAGUAUGUUGUUGCUUUUGGACACCGGAAGAACACAGUCUUAAUUCUUGGCAUGGAUGGGAGCUUUUAUCGACGCCAAUUUGACCCAAUGACUGGUGGAGAGAUGACUCAGCUCGAAUACUAUAACUUUCUGAAACCCGAGGAAACUUUGUGAGGUGAAGCUGUGUACAUGUCUUUUGACAUUAGCGUGUAUAUUGCCGAUAACGCUCUACCUGUAUGACAUAUAUGCCACGGGAAGGUUACUCAAUAAGUUGUAAAUACUUUAUCUGAAAAUGGAGGGCUAUAGGGAUAAAUAUUGAUCGAUGCAGACAGAGUGUACAUAUAAAUGGGGGUGGUUUAGGGAGUUUUCUUAAUUUCUGUAGCUAUGAUUAUGAAAGAUCUCA